UUGUUUGGGACUGAAAGAGAAGUUGCUGGGCAUUGUCCCGAAGCGGAAAAGCCAUGCUAGUUCACACAAGCAACGCACUCUCACUUACUCAUAACGCCGGAGCAAUACGGGAAAGGGAAGUCGGCAUACGUCAACUACUAUUUGUAAACUGUCAGCUGACUGCCGGUUCAUUAACUUGCAUUUCAUCGAGUUCCUUUUUCUCGCUGCCGCUUCUGGCGUCCGACUCGCACUGCAGGUGACUUGCAGGAUAGAGAGACGCAUAGUUUUCGUUAGCGUUAAGUACUAGGCUGUUUCGAGGGCAGUGAUACAAGCGUAUUCCAUUGCUGCCCUAAAUGUUGGUCCACUGAAUUGAUCAUACACCGCCCUUCACAACGUGAAGAGUACCAGAAUAGUUUAUUAUUUUCAACCGUUUGACGCAAUAGGGCUUUUUGUCAAAGAAAUGGACAAAAUUUGCCCCGUGGUGCCUCUUCCCUUAGACGAAGUGGUAUUGGCCGAUCUCAUGGAAGAUGCUAAGGACUUCGCAUUUAGCCAUGGUCUAGUCUUCAAGCUAAGAAAAGUUUUACCGUACGACUAUUCCGUCACGUUUAUACCAUUUGCAUUAUUACCCUCGCCUUGGCCGAAGGACCAAUACGAUAUGGUCUGUCAACUUCAAAAAGAUAUCAAUUUGAUCUACUACCGCGUUUCGAAUAACUUCGAUUUUCUAAAGAAGAGUCUACAACAAAUAUGCGAAUUUGACGAAUGGACCAGACGACUCUGGCAAAUCUACGAACGUACUUAUGAGUCUCAAAAAGAUGUCCUUUCCCUUUGUAUCAUGAGGUCUGACUAUAUGGUUGGACAUGAUGGCCUCGCCAAACAGAUUGAGGUCAAUACGAUAUCAGCGGGAUUCGGUGGAGUAUCUCCAAUCAUGCUUGCGCAGCAUAAAUACAUCAUGUCGAAGUUACAUCUUCAUAACUUCCGCCGUGCGUUGCCAGAAAACGCUGGGACUCGCGUUGCACUUGGACUGGCUCAGGCGUGGGAGGCUUAUGGUAACAGAGAGGCGGUAAUAUGCUUCGUUGUUGAAGAUGUUGUCUACAAUACGUACGAUCAAAGGCAAAAAGAGCUGGCGCUCACUGAAAAGUACGGAAUCGACACGCAUCUUAUUGUGCGGAAAAAGAACUCCGACUUACUCCGAGUUUGCGUGAAGGACGGAAAACUUUUUUUGGAUAAUAUCGAGAUAGCCGUCGUAUAUAUGAGAACAUGGUAUGACCCCAGUCAAAUUAAUUCGGAAGAGCUCUGGAGAAUACGAGAACUGAUUGAAAAGAGCAGGGCGAUUAAAUGUCCCAACAUCGCAUGGCACCUUUCUGGUUCUAAAAAAAUACAACAAGAGUUAGCAAGGCCCGGCGUAUUGGAAAGGUUCUGUGAUGAUGUGGAGCAAGUGCGAAGGGUGCGGUCAGUUUUCGCGGGUCUGUAUGUACUUGAGGAAGCAAAGACCCUUGAAAUGGUAUUGGCAGACCCCGAAAGAUUUGUUCUGAAACCGCAAAGGGAGGGUGGAGGCCAUAACAUAUACGGAAGGGACAUUGUACCAUUUCUAAAAUCCCUACCUGCGCCUAGGCGACAUGAGUUCAUAGCCAUGGACAUUAUCGAACCCGUCUCCUGUAAAAACUAUCUAGUUAAUCGGGAUAAAAUCACAUUCACCGAAGUUGCAAAUGAACUUGGUAUAUUUGGUUACGUGUUAGGCGAUUUUCGACGGAUUGUACAUAAUGAAGCGAAUUGUGGUUGGAUCUUUCGAGCAAAGGAUGCUAAGUCUACGGAGGGAGGAAUUGCGGCUGGAUACGGACAUUUGGACAGUCCGUCUCUCGUAUAAACAUCAAAAAGAGAGAAUAUUAAGAUUUCAGUGGGUCGACUCUUCGCAACGUUGACCAAGUGUCUACUAUUCCCACAGUAUUGUACCUCACGAACGGAGGGAACACAGUGUGACAUAAGAAUUCGUCGCCAUUUGUACUUUUACUGUUGCAUGAAAUAUAGCUUUCUGCCUUCUUGCACUAAUGAGAUGUCUUUAGUUGUAAAGCAGUAUGGAUGUUGAAAAUAAGAUUUAUGUACAUACUUUUUUCUCAGCAAUAUUCCAAACCACCGUUACUAUCAGCGUAGUGAUACUAAUCUUAAUUACAUUUAUUAUGUAUUUCAUUCCUAUAAAUUUAACAUACCUACAGCAUUGGUUUUAGUUACGAUUGCAUUUGAAAAUUAGAUCUGAUGACUUGCCCACACACAUGAUGACAUUUCACAAAGAGACUGAUCCUGGCGUAACUAUUCGACACUAGUGUGUAUAAAAUGUACUACAUCUAAAAAAAAACCUACAGAUGUUAGAUAUUAUUGCACAUUUCCAAUAGACGCGCGAGGCACAAAACGGUCUAGGUGGCAGUGAGUUCGAGACCCAAUCACCUAUAUGUCCAUUCAAGCAGCAGUGAUUGAGUCCCAAUCCUGAGUACGAAAUUCCGCUCGAAAAUUUUGUCACC